CAGCCAGCUUCUUUCAAGUCGCAAAAUCGGGAUGGCUAUAUAGUCUUCGCUCGAGUAUCGCCGUCUUCGUGGGACGUUAUCGAGUUAAGCUAUAGCAGCAGCAUCGCGCGUGACGACAGAAGGUUCGCAACGCCGUUGCUAUACGAGAAAUAUAUAUAUUUGCUGGUAUAAAUAAACAUUGCCCAUUCACAUAUCCAAUUUAUCGCUAUUGAUACGUCGGUCAAAUCGACCGGUCACAACAAUGAACGCAUUGUUCGCGCUUCCGAUUUUCUCUCUCCUCAUCGCCCCAGUGUGGGCUUUCUGCGGCACCAGCGUCAAUUUUAUCUUCUUUUACAUGACAUGGGCGACCCUGGUGCUGUCGCAUACGGCUCUCCGCGUUGAGCUGGUGGGCACUGCCACCGUGCGGGUGCUGUGCUAUGCUCUUCCCUCGCUCCUGUUCUUCCUGUUCGACAUCCUGACGCCCUCGGCCGCCGUGCUCCUCAAGGCCCAAGGGGAGUACGGACUGCCCAACGGCAACAAACGGGGUAGGAUCCGGCGCAAGGACCUCAAAGUCGCCGUGUGGGCGCUCUUCAAUCUGGCCCUGGGUGUCGCCGUCCAAGGUGCCAUUGAACAUACCCUUGCCCGCCGCUUUCGCAAGGUGAGCCUUGUGCGAGUGACGCUGAAGCUUCCGCUCCCAUGGUCUCUGGUCUGGGAGAUCUUUUGGGGAUUGAUUCUACGAGAGAUGCUCAGCUACAUCAUCCACCGCUGGAUCCUGCACACCAAGAACCCCCUCGCCCGCCUCCACGCCGCCUGGUACCACGCCCUGCGCGCCCCCUACCCGCUCACCGCACACUACGACCACCCGCUCGCCUACCUGGUCGGCCGCUGGCUCCCCACCAUCCUCCCCGUCGCCCUGGGCCGCCUACACCUGGUCACCUACCUAGUCUACCUGGCCAUCAUCUCCCUGGAGGAGACCUUCGCGUACAGUGGGUACUCCGCGAUGCCGACGGGGUUCUUCAUCGGCGGCAUGGCGCGCAACACCGAAGCGCACCUCCACAGCCUGGGCACGGGCAACUUCGGACCCUGGGGGGUGGUGGACCGCGUGCUGGGCACGACCGUCGACGAGGAGUACGUCGCCGACCCCCCCACGCCGCCGCGGCUGCGGCUGCGUCGGCGGCCGAAUAGCGGGAGAGAGGAGGAAGACAAGGAAGAGAAGGAGAAGGAACGGGCUCCUCCUCAUUCUCAUCGUCGUCGGCAUCACCUCCAACGCCAGGCGAUUGUGCUGGCGCAGGAUCUCAAGGAUUAUGCUGAUAAUGAGUUUGUUGUUGACAAUGGUGAGAAUAUUGUUCCUGUGGGUGAAGAGGAUGAUGAUGAUGAUGUUUUGGGGGUGGGGAUGGAGCCCCCCGCGCCGCAGUUGCGGCGGGUGAAGAAUUAUUGGGCUGGCGAGCCGAAGGUUCGGCGGACUACGAGGGGGGCGAGGCGGAGGGAGGGCGGAGGGUGAACCUCGAUUGAGGGGUGGAUUUUAAGCUGUUGGUGUUGUUGGUGUUGGUGGUGCAUUUUGUGCGGGUGUGUUUGAUGGUUCAUUGUUUUUGGUGGUUACGUCAUGUCAUGCCUCGAGGGUAUGAAUACUUGAGUAUAUGUACUGUACUGCACUGUACUGUACGGCUUUGGGGUUCAAAAAGGGAGUGAGGUCGUGGGAUCUACGAGCAAGUUGUAUAGAUUCUGUAUAGAUUGUCCUCUUUAGUUUGUAAAUGAUCUGUUCAUUGUGAUUGAAUUGGGGGUUUUGGUUUUCUGUCUGUUUGUGCGAUUUUCGGGCUGUGUGGGGGAGAGACAGCUGAGAGUUGGAGUGAUCUUCUUAUCGGAGUUGGGGUUGUCUACU